AAUAGCAACUUUGCUAAUUUUUCUUUGUAACAAUUCCACUGAAUCUUUACACACAUCAAAACGUUUGGCAAGUGAUAUUACAGAUGAACAAGAACCACAAAUUAUACCAAAAACUGCAAAUAAAACCAGUUGGGUGUGGGUUUACUUUGUAGAGAAAACAGACGGGCGUGUAUUAUUAAUAUAUAUUAUAAAUAUAUAAUGCGAAAAUCAAGUGUACUUAAUCGAACUUUAAUCAAUUACAGCUUGUUAGUCGAUUUUGGUCGAUCUUGCC